AUGUCUGGCCCUCCAGUUCCGUUCUCAUCACUCCCCUUGUCCAAGACUUCUGAGGCUACGCGUUUGAAUGCGUGGGGAGCAUAUGGUGCCGAGGAUGAAGCUGGAUUCUUGAACCGACAGACACCUGAGACCGUUGCGGCGGCUGCUGCGGAGAUCAAAACUGGUGUUCGCGUUCCGCUCGAUGCGCCGCUCGAUUUUCAGGCCAAGAAUCCCCUAUUCCAUCGUCAAGCUUUCGUGAAAGAUGUCUACCAGAAGAAGCCGCGCAUUGUACAUGAUGACACCUGGACCUUCAACACGCAGUCAUCUACCCAGUGGGAUGGCCUACGACAUUUUGGCUACCAGAAGGCUCAGCGCUUCUACAACGACACAACCCUAGAGGACAUUGCGGGCACUUCUGAGAAAGGCAAGUCCAAUCCAAACAUCCUCGGCAUUCACAACACAACCGAAAGAGGCGGUGUCACCGGUCGCGGCAUUCUGGUCGACUUUGCUCGUUGGGCUGCUACCCCCGAAGGCCAGAAGGCAGUGGGCGGGCAAUUUCAGAACUUUGAAACGUCAGCCAUCAAACUCGAAUGGCUCAGAGCAACGCUCGCUGCGCAGAAGACAGAAGUCAAAUGGGGUGACAUUUUGAUCGUACGCUCCGGCUUCUUCCCAGCCUUCCAUGCCAUCGAUCAGACGACCCUGAAAGGCCUUCAAGAGAAGUCCCCGCCUGGCCUAGGUGGUGUUGAGCAGAGCGACCAGGUGCUGGAAUGGAUUUGGAACAACUUCUCAGCAGUUGCUAGCGAUCAUCCCAGUUUCGAACGCUGGCCAACUCCCUACGAAUGGAGCAUGCAUGAAGUACUUCUGGCUGGUUGGGGCUGCCAUAUUGGAGAAAUUUUUGAUCUGGAGCCGCUUAGCAAGGAGUGCGAGCGACAGGGACGCUGGAGUUUCUUCGUAAGCAGCGUGCCAACGUAUGUACCAGGAGGUGUGGCCUCGCCAGUGAAUGGUGUAGCUAUCUUCUAG